AUGAGGCGGGAGGAGGCUGUGGUGGUGACCGUGGCGACUGCGCCCGAGGCGGGCCGCGACGGGGAGCAGUCUCGGCAGCCAGCAGGGUUGGGGUGCGGGGCGCGCGGGGACCCCGGCGGCGGCGGCCCCCAGAAGCCGGGCAAACAGUGGAAGAAAUUUUUGUAUUGUGAACCACAUAAGAGAAUUAAGGAAGUACUAGAAGAAGAACUUUAUAUUAAGAGAGAUGAAUGCCACAUUAAAAAGAUACCUGCAGUGGCCCUGGAAGGGAUUUGGAGCAUUAAAAGGAAUCUCCCUGUGAGAGGCUUGAAGCCCGGACUGCCAAGCAGAAACAGUUUACUGCCAGAAGCCCAGUACUAUUCCAGGCACGGAGGGCUGAGAAGUAAGACCCUGCUACCCUGGACUUCCACUGAUGCCCUUGAGGGUACUGUGUAG